CGCAGCGCAGCGCUGACUGCAGAGGACGAGCUCAGUUGACUGUGCGGCUGCUGCUGCUGCGCGCUCCGGCGGACGACGCCGACACCCAAACACGUUGCGGCAAAGCAGCCGAGUGGCGCUCACCGUGCUCUCUAAGUGAUGAGUGCGCACGAGAGACGCACGAGUCUCCAGUGAGGUCUGCGUGAUGUCUUUCAAGAAGGAAACACCCCUGGCUAACGCCGUGUUCUGGGCCGCGAGGAAGGGCAACCUGGCCCUGCUUCAGCUGCUGCUCAACAGCGGCCGCGUGGACGCGGACUGCAGAGACGGGUUGGGGAGCACGGCGCUGAUGGUGGCGUCCUACAGCGGCCAUUACGACUGUGUCAAAGAAGUCAUUAUGCAGGGAGCAGACAUCAACUACCAGCGGGAGACGGGUUCUACAGCCCUGUUCUUCGCCUCCCAGCAGGGGCACCACGACAUCGUGAAGCUCCUCCUGGAGUUCGGCGCCUCCACAGACCUGCAGACGAAGGACGGCGGCACAGCCCUGACCGUGGCCUCGCAGCACGGCCACUCCCGCGUGGUGGACGCUCUCCUGAGGAACGGCGCCAAUGUUCACGACCGGCUGAACGACGGCGCCACCUCUCUCUUCCUCGCUGCCCAGGAGGGUCAUUUGAGCGUGAUCCGUCAGCUGCUUUCAUCUGGUGCCAGGGUUAAUCAAGCCAGGGAGGACGGCACUGCCCCCCUGUGGAUGGCAGCUCAGAUGGGUCACGGUGAGGCCGUGAAGGUUCUGCUCCUACGUGGAGCCGAUCGGGACGCCAACAGACAGGACGGAUCAACAGCGAUAUUCAAAGCAGCUUUAAAGGGACACACCAGCGUAGUGGAGGAACUCCUCAAGUUUUCUCCGUCACUAGGACUUCUCAAGAACGGCUCCACGCCGCUUCAUGCUGCUGUUAUGAGUGGAAAUGUGCGAACGGUUCUGCUGCUGCUGGGGGCAAACGCAGACCCCUCACUACCCAACAAGAAUAACGAACUCCCUUCACAGCUCACCAAGAAUGACCGCAUCCUCAAGGUUUUACAUCCAGAUAUCUCAAACUGAGAGAGUUGGCGAGGCUCCUGCCUGCACCACACUGAUGUGAGAGAAAUAUAAGACGCAGUAUCCUAUUCUGUCCAGACGUAAACUGUGCUGUAUCCAGGAUUUGCUGUUGACUGCAGCUGAACCAAAGCUGUCGUAUGUUGAAUAAACUAAGUGGAACCAAAAUGCAGUUGUUUGCCACAUCCAUCAUCUCCUCUAGACUGUCUGAUAUUAUAUACGCGCAAGAUCUCUGUAUAUUUUACUGUUUUGUUUGCCUUUUUUAACAAAAGUAAUAAAAUGUACAUUUUAAAUUAA